CAUUUUUGCUUUGGAUUUCUUCUCUCUUUCUCUCCCUAUUUGCAGAGCAACAAUGGCAACAUAUCAUUUUCAGUCACAACUUCAUCUUUCUCUCUCGGCUUUGAUCUCUGCUUGCGAAGGCGAUGCAAACCAGUGAUCAUUGCUUUUUCCAUUUUCCCGUUCUCCGCCGAAACCUAAUCUCUCCGUCGCUAUUUCCCUAAACAUCUCCAAUCGCAGCGAUCUGAUUUUUGGGUUCAGCCUCCACAGUGAAUCAUCACUGUUUUAGGGGUGUGCCAUCUCUACAGGUUCUUCAUGGGAAAUUGGCAUUGUAUUCAACUCUGCAUAUAUUUAUUAGCAGUGAGUUCAUGUAUAUGGUCACCUGGAAGCUGUUUGCUUGGUGAUUCAGUGUCAAGUCAGGCGGUGGAUUCUCCAAUUUCUGACUCCAAUAGCAGAAAUGCUGAAGCUUUUUCUCCCAUCAAGGAAUUUCUGUUGAAGUCUUAUUAUGACCGAUAUACAAAUUUAGAUGAUUCAGAUUUUGAAAUUUUCGUAUCUCGAGAAGUCACUUCUAGUUUGUGUGAAAUGCUUCCGGAUGACCAUAAUUUCAUGUUGAGAUUGUCAGUUCUGAAGCGCAAUCUUAUUGGUGAAGGUUCUCAUCGUAGUAUAUCUACAUUAAUCAAACUUCAAAACCAACCGUCAAAGUCUUUGUCUGAACUUUUAAGCCACUCAUGUGAAUUCAUAUUUAUCGAAAGACUGCCUUCUGGAGUUUUCGCUGAUCCAUUUGAAUUACAACGUCUCGUUCAGCGUGGUGUGUUCAACGAUAUAGCUGUCUUUGGUGAUACAAAUCUGGAGCUGCCUUCGUUCCUGUCCAAUCGUUCUGCUGUUGAAAUCCACUUAGAUGUUGACCCAAAUAUAUUGCUAGAGCCUUCUAAUAUCAACAUAGAGCUUCCAUUGCAUGCACGAUAUCAACCUCUGAAUGAAAGUGGCUACUCGACAAUUAAAUUUGGUAAACCAGAUUUGCUAGUGCGUUGCAGCACAAAAGAAAAGAUGGGAAAUCGGAAUUGCUUCCUCAAAUUAAAAAAUGAUGAUGCCAAUCUGGAUGAUCCUGAUCUUUUUUGGAGAAUACCUGCUGGAAGAAAGGCGCAUGCUGAUGUUGUUUCUGCUGUUACAUUCAUUGCAGCAUUGUUGUCAACUCUUGUAAUUGCUGUCACCUCAUUAAGUUUGACUAAUAGCAGACUAAGUAAAGAUUUAAAACAAUCAUGAACGUUUUGUAAAUGAUAAUUUGUUUUGUUUACCACAGUAACUCUACACAUGUGAUGUUUGUUUUAUUUAUUAAUGGAGUAUUUUCUCAAUA